UGACAGUGUCAAGUAUUUGUUUCACAACAUUCUGAAUUCUUAUGCAUCAAGAUUUAAAUUGCCAUACUAAACCGAAGUAACAACAUAAAUAAAUUGUGUUGAAUGCAGUGUUUUGAUUCUUAGAUUUCUUAGGAAAAGAUUUCGCCAUUUAACUGCUCGUAGAAAAAUAAACCCGGGUGUUUUGGCGCCCGUUACUGCCUCCAAUCCUGCAUACGGCAUGUGACAUUCAAUGUGGGCCGAAUUGUUUCCCUGAAAUGACAGCAGCUGCAUUCGCUACUGUAGGCGUAGAUUCAGUGGCAAUGGCUACAGAAAAGAUUCGUAGCUCUGACUUUACAAACAAGAUUUCAACAAAUGGUGGUUUUAAGGGCCAGGAAAUGUACACAACUGAGUUUGAAAUUAAUGAAGCUCCUCCGAGUGCUCGAACGCUACUCACAAAAGGCUAUGUUCAAGAGGAAAUUAAUUCCUUUUCUGGAGCCAUUGUAUCUACUCGUGGAAGGUUUAUGACGGAGCAAGAAAAAAUAUGUUCUAAUCAGCGAUCACUUUAUUUGUAUAUACAAGGACAUACAAAGCACAAUAUUGACCUGGCUAUUCAGAAAAUAGGCGAAAUUAUUAAGACUGAGCAUCAAAGCUUUUUAAACAGGCCCAGCAGAUUUACAAAUGCUCCUCCGCCUUUGAUGAGCCUUCACUCGGCUGUACCGACUGUGGAAAAGAUAUGUGUUGGGAUUGAAAAUGCACCACAGGGGUUCGAUUUACGUGGUAGAAUUAUUGGCGCUGGAGGCUCGAACUUGUUGUACAUUCGAGGUGAAACUGGAGCUACGGUAACAUUGCGAGGACGAGGUUCACAAUUUAUAGACCCGGUUUUGGGCGUGGAAUCACCAGAGCCACUACACCUAUAUAUUGAACAUUCAAAGCCAGUGGCACUUCAGAAUGCAAAGCAACUGGCAAUUAACUUGAUUCAAACGAUGCAAUCCGAACUACAAUCUUACAUUCAACAACAACCACCCCCAGUCCAAACCCAGCAAGUCAUAGAACAAUCUCAUGUACAGCAAAUUCAACAAGCACAGUUCCAGACUAUGAAUAUUGGUGCUCUCGGUCAGCCUAAUGUAGUCACCAUCCAACACCAAGACAUUAUACAACAUCCACAGAGCAGUGUAAUGACUCUCCCAGCAACAAUACUCACUGCCACUGUUGCUGGAGCUCCGGGAGGAGGUGUUGGUGUUCCUCCACCUGGCGUACACAUUCCUGCCCAUUCGGGUCCUUUGGUGACUUCUGAUCAACCUCAGGAAAUACAGAGCUUCAUACCUCCGCCACCAGUCGGUCAGAUGCAACUAAUUGGUCCGCCACCAACGGUGAGUCAAGUACAAUAUCAGAUACAUCCAGCCCAGUCUCUACAAAUUCAGGGUAUUCAAGUACCUCCACCUGGAACUGAGUCGUCGCCACAAUCGCUGACGCAAAUGUACGUUAUGAGUCAACCUCCUCCGCAAUCUCCAUCGCAACAGAACUUCGUCUCCAGUAGUAGCGCCCCAGUCAGUGGAGCGGUUUCAUACGUCUAUACGCAGCCGAACAUUCAGCGACCUUCAACUCCGUCGCACAGCAUUAUUGAGACAGUGAAUGUUAAUUUACAUCAACCUCCACCAUCUACGUCCAUGAAUAUUACACAGCAGCCUCCUCCUCCUCUCCUUCACCUACACUUCCCCCCACCCAAUUUUUCCCACAAUCAACCACCACCGCCGCUACCUCAGACUUAUCAAAUCCAUUACCAGCCAGUUCAGACGCCCGGAUCUCAGUCACAGACGCAGUUUGUCUUACAGCCUGGAAAUCACAUUGUUCAGCAAGCACAUGAACCCCCUCCGUCGCAGUAUUUUGAAGGACAGCCUUCUUCUCAGUUUCACUUGCAAGUACCUCCACCUUCACCGCAGACGUUUUUAGUCUCUAAUUCACCAUGUGGACAACACCAACAACCACCUCCUCAAAUUGGAGAAGUACUGCAGGACCAACCGGAUAAUAGUCUUGAGCAAGGGCCACCACAGCCUGUCCCACCACCCCAAAUGGUUCCACCACCGUCUGGCAGUCACGGGCAAUCUUGUGUUGAAAUGAUGGCUCACGUUCCUCCACCAACACAAGUCCCCCCACCACAAGCAGCGCCUUGGUUAUAUCAAACUCAACAGCCGCAACCAGUUCAACAAUCACAAUCUCAAAUUCAAGUUCAGCUCCCUCCGGCAAACCUGCCUAUGCACUGCGUUCCUCCGCCACAAGUUCAAGCACAGAUUCAGUAUCAUACGCAACAAAUACAAUACCAGAAUGGGCAGAUGCAAGCACAGGUUCAUUAUACGAUUCAACCACCACCGAUGCAGCAACCUCUUGAUCAGACGCUUGAUUCGCCUCAGCAAAAUCAACAUGGCGUUAAAAGAAGAUAUUCUGAUGGAGAAUUGUCAGAGGAAUCGUCUCAACCUUACGGAUCCCAAUCUCUUCAACGACAUGGAACAGGAGAAAGUGACCGCCAGCACCAUUUCUCGGUUGGCCCACCACCAGGAAGUAUUGGCUCAGCAAACGGCGGCAGAAACAAGCUGCUUAUACCGUCUUCACAUUCAGGUGAAAAACGACGUGGCGAUAAAAACGUCUUCAGACAAGGAAAUGAGCAAAAUUAUGCUGCUCCUGAAUCAGACGGAAUGAUUCCUAUUGGACCGCCACCCCAGGCACCAUGGCAAGCUUACAUGAGAACUCCUUGGGGACGACCUCCACUGCCACCUCGAGAUGGAGAGCAUCAUGUGUUCUACCCAGUACCUCCACCGAUCAACAUGCCUCCUCCGCAGAUCCGGCCUCUUAGAAAUCAACUAGAAGAAAGCCGAUCACAGCAAUGCCGCCAAAAUGUAGGGACUGACCAUCUUUCCAGCCCCGAAUAUCACCCAGUACCUCAUUAUACAUCAAAACCUCCCCCAUAUAAUUCAGUGCCGUUAAUGCAAUCUGUUUGCAACCCUCCGCCGCCUCCCCCACUACAACAGCAACGACAACAGCAGAUGCGACAUACGCAACCCUAUCAAGUUCCAAUCUCUCAAUCUUAUCAAUCAUCCAUGUCAUGCCCACCAUGGAUGAAUUAGGAACAUGAAGGUGCUCAAUCUUAGUAAUUAUGAACUAACUACAAACAAUUAUAAUAGACGGAUAAUUAUUGUGAUACCAAAAAUCGCGAGGCGGUAUAUUUUAAUGCAAUAAUUGAUUUAUAUCAGAUGGCCAGAAUAAGUCCUGGAACUAGUCUAGAUAUAUAUUUAAAUUAUUUAUAGUUAACUUUUUUUUUUAAUUACGUUUUUCAGCUAAAUCGACUGUAAUUAAUUUGCUUGAAUGUAAUUUUACUGAAAAUAUGGGUGAAAACAGAUUCGCUUGUUGAAUGCUUUGUUGUCAUAAAAAAUGUUUUCCGAUAUUAUAAGAUAUCAUGAGCAUUAUUACCUCUGUUUCUUUCACAAUAGCUUGAUACUGUCCAGAAUUAUUAGUCAAAAUAUAGUGUAUUUGUAAAUAAUUGGAAAAAUACCUCAACGCUUGGAACGCUAAUAUUGCAGUAUUACCAGAUGAGAAUAAUUUGUUCUGAAUAGUGAAGCCUUGUCAUACGAACUACUAUAAUACUAUUUUCCACCGCGUGGCUCAAACAGCACGCGGUUUGAUUCAUAUUCAUCUUACUGUUAGUA